CAUACUUUGAAAUACAACUAUCCUGCAUAAUGUGUAUGAUAAGACGUUUAUUAUGCAUCAUAGCUGUCACUCAUUAUCACCAUAUCUAAUCUUAAUAAAGAAGUAUUGAUUCGAUUCAUUGUAGGACGCGUUGUUGUGAAUAAGACCAAAAGUGCAGUGCUAGUGAAUUGUAAAUACAUGAGGAUCUAUAAAUAAAAAUAGAGAGCUUCUGUGAAGAUAAUGUUUAAGUUCCGUGGUUUUCGCGCGUCUUUCGAUUUCUUAACGGGCAAGCAACGCCGUGAGAAUCAUGCAACAUCACCUAUUUCGAUCGGUGGCGCUUAUAAAGUAAACAGAGAGGAAUAUGGAGGGCAUGUCCCGAUACAGAGAGUACCUAAGAAAAUAGACCCCUCCAUGGUACAACUACCGCAUUCACAGGCAAAGCAAACUGAGAAAUCGAAAAGCACAAGUGAUUUGGUUCAAUCCACGACUAUCGUACAAAAAGCAAGUCGGAGCUCUUAUGACAUAUCUCAAAAUUCGAGAGCUUCCAAACGCCUUGCUAAAGAACAAAAAAAGCUGGAGAAACAACGGCUAGCGGAGCAAAAGAAACAGGAAAAAAUAGCAGCGAAAGAAAGACAGAAACAAGAAAAGCUUGAGCAGGAAAGGAUCAAGAAACAGAACAAAGUGGGACAGAGCAGAGAACAAAGCAGGGAAUCAGGGAGUUCAUCUGGUGAAAGAACAAUUUCUAGGAAGAAAAGGCACGCUCCACUACCACCGCAAAACCAAUUGACAAACGAAAAUCAAGCCCCCAGUAGCAAUCAAAUAAACAAUAACAAUCGCACACAAAAUAACACACCGCGAUCGAAUGCAACGAAUAUUCAGAGACAAAUACGAACGAACACACUAGAAAGUUCCAUAAGCAGAAGCACUGGCCCGCCGCCGUAUGGAGAAUAUCCAGAAAUCAUAAUAGAUGAGGGGAAUGGAAAUGGAACGACUGGGGAUAUAACUUUUGGGAAACCAGUAGAUUUCAACAGUAGUUGGAAUUUGAUAUCACAACAUAGAGAAGAAAUGAGAAAGCCGACCGCAUCGGUUCCUGUAGCCCCGAGGAGGAAAAAAGAUCUACAGUACGAAGUUGGUAAUUUACAAAUUGGUUCAUCCGCAGAGAAUAAUAGCGAAGCUUGAACGUGUAAAAUGUUUAUUUCGUAUUUAGAAGGAUAAUUAAUUCAAUUAAAUUAAUGAAAUGUUAAACCAGCAACAUGUAUUAAGUUGCUAAGGAAAGUGAUAAUUGUGAAAUUAGAAAAAAAAUCUAGAGCCUUGUAUCUGUAUACUAAAGACUAAGCUGUAAAUAUUCAAAAGUUAAAUAAAGAGUUCUUUAUAUUGA